CUUUAGAAGUGUUUGAAGAAGAAACUCGGCAGAGAAUCAUUUACAGCUCCACAGCGCCACAAUGAAUCAAGGAAACCUGCGCAUUGUUUUGGUUGGUAAAACAGGAGUUGGCAAGAGCGCCACAGGAAAUACCAUUCUUGGUGAGAAGGUAUUCCCUUCAGAAGCAAGAGCUACAUCAAUCAAUAAACACUGCAGAUCUGGAAAACAGAUAAUAAAUGGCAGAGAGGUGUGUGUUGUGGACACUCCUGGCCUAUAUGACAAAAACAUGUCUAAUGAUAAAGUGAUAGAUGAGAUCAUCCAAGGCAUCUCUCUUGCAGCUCCAGGUCCUCAUGUUUUUCUUCUCAUAAUUUCUAUUGGGCGCUUCACUGCAGAGGGGAGAAACAUCAUCAGUUUGAUCCAAGAACUCUUUGGCGAUGAUGUGUUCAGACACAUGAUGGUCUUGUUCACAAGGGCAGAUGAUCUUGAAGACAGAACAGUUGAAGAGUAUAUUCGCAUGACUCCAGAGCUAAAUGAAAUUAUUAAAGCAUGCAACAAGAGGUACCAUGCAUUUAACAACAGAGAGAAGUCAGACCGCACACAAGUUGAUCAGCUCAUGAGGAAGAUUGAUGUCAUGAUGAAACAAAGUCAAAACUACUACAACUACUACAUGUUUCUAAAGGCUAAGCUCAACAAUGCAAUGAAAACCAUAAAAGAAAAAGAAGAAAUUAUUGCUGAAAAACAAAAUGAAAUAAAAGUACUGCAAAAAGAAAAAGAUAAGUUACCUUGUAGCAUAUCAUAG